UCAUUUCUCUUGUACCCGGACACUGUGGUGGUGCGGUGCUCUUCCUCUCGUUAGCAUAGUAGUGCAGUAAGCCAGUGGCCAGCAGUAACCUUUGUUGGAGGAAGGCGAAGAUGCUGGAGAAGCUGUGGGACGACGUGGUGGCCGGGCCUCACCCGGAGACGGGGCUCGAGAAGCUCCGCAAGGCCGCCACCUCCCGCCCGAUCGUCAUCGACAAAGAUGCCGUUGCUGCUGCCGGGAGCUACAAGCGGACGCAGUCGAUGCCGUCGACCCCGACGACGCCGGGGACGCCGUCGUCGUCGACGACGCCGCGCGGCGGCAACAACGUGUGGCGCAGCGUGUUCCACCCCGGGAGCAACCUGGCCACCAAGAGCAUGGGCGCCAACCUCUUCGACCGCCCGCAGCCCAACUCCCCCACCGUCUACGACUGGCUCUACAGCGACGAGACCAGGAGCAACCACCGUUAGAUCUCGGAUCGGGUGAGAUGAGGUCGACGGAGGAGCGGUGGCGGGUCCCUGUCAGGCCACAUGUUUGCUGGUCCUUGUGGUUAUCUAAAACGCAUGUACCACGGCUGCGUUGCUGUCCGAGGUUGGAGACUUCGCCUUUUAUUUAAUUUUGUCCUAUGUUAUGGACUAGGGAGUAAAAUGCUUAGUACUACUACUUGGUCAGUUCCUCUGACUCGAUCAGCUUGGCCGCUGAGUGGUAGCGACCGGCGGGCCCUCUGAUGGGAACUUGUGCUUGGUGUGUAGUAGCUUCUCUCCAUCUGUAAAUAUUUGCUUGCGUGUAAUGGGAUAUGUCAAUCGUACUGUUUCUUCCGUGUUUAGUUUCCAAACCUUUGAUGUGUA